AUGUCAUCCUCUCGACAAUCAUCGAAUAAUAAUAAUAAUAACAGUAAUAAUCAUACACAUGCAAAUCAAAGACAUGAUCGACAAACAACUGAUAGAGUUUCUAGCAAUAAUCAAAGAUCUUCUCAACGACAGUCAGUCGGUCAACAUGGUCAGUCUAACUAUGAAAAUGAUUUCUAUCAACAAGCGUAUUAUCAAGAAGAUUUUGAUGAUAACUUACCCAACGAAAUUGUUGCUGAAUUAGAUGCAAGAGAACAAUAUCAAUCGAAUCUACACGAUGAUGAUGAGUCGAUCUUUUCGGAUGCUGUACAAGACGCGUUCAAGAAGUAUCAAAACGAGCAAGAAGAAUUGUAUGCCCAAAUGGAAGAAUGUUGGAACUACAUGGCUCAAGAGAAUGUCAAUGACGAAAAAUUGCAAACUUCAAUGGAGCAAAAUCAAGAAAGUACAUUAAAUCCGGAUGCUAAUGAAUUUCAACCAUCGUGGUUAAAACCUUCCUCAUAUGAAAAGAAUGAAACAGCUUCAAAUACCUUCCCAUCAACCAAUCAAAAUGAACAACAAAGCAAACGAGAUUGA